AUGACGUUCAAAGGUAGUGAAAAGUUUUACACAACACGGCUUAACACAUCUUCUGUCAUACCUCGUUCUUUGGUGUUCAACAAGAAUGCCGGAUGCGAUAAGUUCCUGAACAAUCGAGACAAGGAGAGCAGAAAGAUCCUGAAAGGAAUGGGAGACGUUGCCAGAUCCCUGGCUAAGUAUGCCUAUGAAAGAAAGGUCAGUCCCAAUAUUGCCAAAUCCAUUCUCAAAUAUGUUUUCUACAAGAUGUUUGAGCAGUACAGGGGCUAUCUGGGGGAUUCCGCUGAUGAACAAAACAGUGAGGCUGGGCUCGAGAUGCCAAACCUUGGAGAUACUCCAAUGAAUGUCCAAGACGACCCUACUUCUUAUAUUAUCUGA